AUGCUCAGCACCAAAUGUGUGGCACGCGCAUCCCUACGAACGCCUCAUGCCCCGCGGCUAUCUAGGCACAUAGCGACUAGACCCCCGCCAUCCCAGGUCCGCACAGCCUCACAUCCGUAUGCACAGCGACGACAACAGCAUUUCGUCCGAUCCAUAGCUACCGUCGGCACGCUCUGGGCCACCGCCACGGCAUGGCAAUGGUGCAAUGGCGAGUCGAUCAUACGAGAUGCGCACGCUGAAGAGCAAGAGGAGCCCGAAAUAAAGUUUGAAGCACCCCGGCGGCAGGCCAUAUCGAGCGACGACAACAGGAACAUCAUCAGCUCACAGCACCUUCAGGUGAUAAAGAGCUGGGAGAAUCCUGGCGUGUACACAUGGGGCUCAAAUGCGGGCAAGGUCGUGGCACCCGACUCAGACGAAAGAUACAUAAAGACACCAAGACGGCUGGCUUUCUUUGACGGAAAGCUGCUGAGAGAUAUCAAGCUGGACAGAAAUUUCGGUGCUGCCAUUGACGAGAAGGGCGAUCUCCUACAGUGGGGCACCGCCUUCGCCAACGAUGUCAAGGAGCCUACCAAGACUCUUACUGGCCACAACCUUACAUCACUGGCCAUCUCACGCGAUCGAAUUAUUGGCCUUUCCAAGAGCGGCUCCGUAUACUCUAUACCCGUCUCGCAGGCGGAGCAGAAGGAGGGUCCCAAGCCGCCAUCUGGGUCCUGGAUCCCCUUCUGGGGCGGUUCCAACAUCUCGUACCGAAAGCGCACGCCUGAGAAUCUGGGGUGGAAUGAGCGCGUUACAGAUAUUGUCUCUGGUCUAGAGCACGCCCUCAUGCUCACGUCUUCCGGCCGUGUCUUCUCGUUCGCAUCAGGCUCACAAGACUUCCCCAGCAAGGGCCAAAUGGGUAUACCCGGUCUGUCGUGGGAGAGUCGACCGCCUGGGCCUUUCGACAUUCCUCACGAGAUCACUACGCUCAAGGGCUUCCCCGUCAAGAAGAUCGCUGCUGGUGACUACCACAGCUUAGUCUGCGACUCCGAAGGACGCGCUUUUACUUUUGGCGACAACACCUCUGGCCAAUUGGGCUUCCCGUACAAUGCCGAGGCACAAAGCGUUGACGCUCCAUCCCUACUCCCAACACAAAAGCUCUACUCUGGCCAGGUAGGCAAGGUAACAAAUGUCUUCGCUGGCGGCAACACGUCCUUCCUUGCUACCGAAGCGACCAAGGGCAACAAAACCACCGCAGACACCUGGGCCUUCGGAUUCGGUCUGACAGGCCAACUAGGUACUGGUCGAUGGGUGCACACACAGGCAGACCCCGUCAAAGUCCCUGCUUUCUCCGGUCUCUUCGAAUGGGAUGAAGUCAAGAACACUGCAAUUCCCAUUCGCCUGUCCACCAUCUCUGUCGGCGCAACACAUGCUGCCGCCAUUCUCGACAAUGUCGCCAGCGUCGCUGUAUCCGGUCGAUCGAGAAAGCUUACAGACAACGAUACGAACUGGGGUCGCGACAUCUUGUUCUGGGGCAAUAACGAGUUCUACCAGAUUGGUAGUGGAAAGCGGAGCAACCUAGCCACACCAGCAUAUAUCCAGCCACUUGAUCAAGCUGCCGAGCUAGAACGCGCUGCGUCUGCCGGUGGGUUCGGAAAGCAACUAAGAGAGAAGGAAAUGCAUCGGUUCCAAAUUACACCAAGGAACAAGGUCAAGGUCAACGGCCGGACAGUGGAGUUUGAGCAAAAAGUAGAAUGCGGACGUGGAUGCACUGCUGUUUACUCUGCUAUCUAA